GACGCGAUGUUACUAUGCAGUAUACUUCGUGCUACGUUAUCCGCGUCUUUUGGGACUAUUGUGCAGAUUGCAAUCUUCUUACUGCAAAACUCCAAUAUCUCCAGAGUGCUCGCGUCGAUGCCACCAGGAGCCGAAGACGAAAUUAUUCUGAUUGAGCAUCUACCAGGACGGCGGGUGCAUCUGCAAGACUUCUUCUGGACCGGUUUGGAAGAUGCGCCGCCAUGGGUGGAUCCUAAUCAGGGUUUAACAUUUUACGAGACAAAAACGAUCGUUCAUACUGUCACAGUUUACACUCCGAACAACGAGGAAGGCCCAUCGGACCCUAUAUUGCCUCAUCGUCCAGAUACUUACAAUCCGGAAUGUAUCACAUGCAUAGAACCUACACCUAGAUUGGACGAUGACGACGAUCAGAGUAUCGGAGUUCUUAUCGGAGAUGAUCCAGGUCCAAGAUACUGGCUGUUGACGGUUCUUCGACCAGGAGAGGCUGUGCCACCCAAAGUCGAACUUCGUUUAGCUCGCUUAUAUCGAGCCGCGUUUUCCAGACAGCAACAACGGCACCUUGGUCUAUUAUCGACAGAUCCGCGAUCACGAAGAGGCACGUUAUUACGUGACUUAAUUGGCCGAAAGGUUAUACCAGAACGUUUUGAACCUUUGUCUCGAGGAAAAAGUCAUCAAGAAGAGAUUCCCGCCAAUGUAACAAAAGUUCAACCGUCCGAAUUAAUCGUCGGUAUCGUCGAGAGCUCUUCGAUUCUUGCAGAACCGGAAGCGAACAUUUCGAACUUAACCGACAACAAUAAAUUGUAUUUUCCAAACGAUUCGCAAAUCAAAUCUAUGAGAAUGAUCGAAAUUCCCAGGCCGAAAAAAAUGUUACUGCCGACAUUCGAUGUCGGCGCAACGGAGGAUAAUGUGAAAUCUACGAAGGAAGAAGACUUUGCUUUGAAAAAGAUCAUCAAAACGUUGAAGGGAGAAACAAGAUUACCUUUAGACGACUUAUCUACGACUAUCGAACCAUCGUAUCCCAUUAAAACUGAUGAUUCCAGUGAGCAAAUUCCGCGGGAAUUGAUGCCUACGUAUACAGAAUCCAAGUCUGAUUCAAAGUCUAAUACCGAUGUCGUCUCCAGAAACCGAUCGAGCGAUGCAGGUAUGCGUUCGAGGUUGCGUUUAGCGGAUGGCUCGAUUCCGGGGGUCGUAAAGGUCAGAAUGCAGAAUACGAGCGUUAUCGAAGGCGGCGCGAUGAGAUUGAUCUAUUCGGUUCAUCUCGACGAUAAGCCCGUUCCCGCCGAAACUGCCGCGAGAGACAUGGCCCUUCUUUCGCCCCAAGAAGUCGCCCUGGAACUUGGGGCACCGGUGAUCAUUCAAAGCGAGCCUUAUUUGAAGGAGAGUCGACCUCUGGCUCUAUCAAGAAAGAGGGACGCCUGGCUCUUGAUCGGUGCAGCCAGCGCAGGCGUCGUUCUUUUAAUUUUGGUUCUCACUGGUUUGAUCGUGGCCGCCAAAAGAAAGAGGGCACAUAGUGCUGUCGUUGCGCCACCCAACAGAAGUAUUCUUAAGAAGGAACGUGAAUAUGCAUCCACGACACCUGGCCUCGAUAACGCUGCAUUUUCAACGUCGGAAACCGAAAUUAAGACGGACGGUACCAGUCAGCGACAAACUCCGCGAACUUUAUCCAGAACUCCGAUCACUCCCGACACGCCUGAUAGUUUAGAAUUGGGCAUUCAUGAAGUUUCCAGCGACGACGACGAGGAACCGAAAAAGACUCGCGGCUCGACCCCUUGGAGCAUUCAAGAACAUCCAGCUAAGAAAGCAAGAACCUCGCAUGCAAGAAUGACGAGAACGAACGCAAUAGACCAUCCCAGGACACCAGAUUCAUUAGACACGGUGACUGAUCACGUAGAGACAUUGGAAUCUUUAGAAAAUGGUUACGUGAAACGAGAGGAAGCUACCGCUUCGCCGCGAUCUUACUUGUCAAUGCCAUCGUGCAAACAAUUUCCUAGCAUGCGUAGCGUGGAACCACUGUCAAGAGUGCUGGAACCCGUUAUGGUCAGACACUUAGAUAUCGAUUCUCCAGAAUUAGUUCGCCGCGAUAGAGAUGGUAAUAUUGACGAUACGUUUCUUACAAGAACGUUGAGUACCUCGAAGGAUCCUGGAGCUGUAGGACCAAUCGUUUGGAAUCUUAGUAAGCAGUUAUUUUCGACAGAAGGUAACGGUGCGUCCGAAACGGAUGUCGAUGGAAUGUACCAUCUACCAUCAGGACCCGUGGGUCGCGCCCGGAGGAGACUCCACGAACUCCUCGAGGACUCUUUCAGUCUCUUCGGAAGCAGAGACGUCAAAAUCAAAGAGCCGCAGCAGUCGCAAACGUCACAAACGUCGGCUUCCUUUGCCCGUACCGCGGAUACACUCGCGAUAUUUUCGGAGACGAGAGGCAAAUCCGCCCACGUCAGUCCAGUAGUAACGCCAACGAUGAAAAUAAAAACGAGACCACGUACUUCGUUACCACGUAGAGAUCUCGACGAGGAUAUUCCGGAAACAGGCCAGGCUGAACAGAUUCAUUCACGCAAUGUCUGGGGUUCAAGGCCACUUAGCGCAGGUCCGUUCCACAGACCGAAUUUGCCGGAAGUGGAUACUAGACGUAUAUUGACGGACAGCAGACUUCCACCGGAAGAUCCUGCAGUACCUUUGAUCGCGUCGAUCAAGAAGGAACUCGAAAAGUUUUCGCCUCAGUAGAACGCAAUUAUAAACGGGGUGCAAUAAAUGUUAGCUUAAAUACUCUUGCGAAGUGAUAUGUCAAUUUUAAGAAUCAAAAAACGGUGUAAAUAUCCGAUAAACUUUUGCCAGAAAAUUUUAUAACUCAACAUCGAAUUUUUUCACUAUGAUGUAAAAUGAAAUCAUUUCAUAUACAUCGCGAUAAAAUCGUUUUGCAUACACAUUUCAAAAGAUAGAUUUUGUAGUUUCAUUGUCACGAAACAAAAAUUGUGCCACUAAAUUCAGCUUGUCAAUUAGUCAUUAGCUAAUCACUGUACAUAUUACCAUAUUGAACAUGUAGAAUAUAUGUAUAUGUAGAAUCCAUUUGCAACCUUGAUACUAUUUUAAAUUAAUUAAUAAGUUGAGUUUGACUUACAUAAAUAAUUACGAAAGAUAUUAAUUGCAAUAAUAAUUCUCUCGUAACUUCGAUCCGUCCAACGUACUUAGAUAAACAUACUUUAUAACUGAAAUACACAAUAAACUUAUAUAACAU